CAGCAGCCAAGGGAGUACAUCUUACAGCAGUGGUGGCAGCAGGACAGAGAGUUACAUCCAUCUAGAGAGGCAACAUGUGGCCUUUGAAGCAAAAAAGAGAACCUCAGAGCUCAGCCUACAAAGCAGAAUCACAGGAGGCCGCCUUGGAGUCCACUGCAGGAGGUAAAGAAGACACAGUGUAUAUAGACACAAGCACCAUGGGAUUUGGUGUCAAUCAGUGGGGCUCCCAGAUGCAACUGCCCCAGGAAACUGAGAAGAGCUACUAUUUCUUGGAGGAUGGAGAAGAGGGCGAGGAAGAAGAGGAGGAGGAGGAAGAGGAAGAAGAAGAAGGAGGAGGAGAGGGAGAGCAGGCAAGGCUCUCUACAAUGUUUCCAUUCAGUCCCUCCUUUUCUUCUGAAGCAGCUGAAGCUGCUGCAACUUCCUCUUCUGUGCUCAACAUCAAUGUUGGUGGACGGACCUACCGUCUUACCUACCAGGCCGUGGCCAUCUAUCCCACCACUCGGCUGGGCCGCUUAGCUACUUCCAAGAACCGUCGCCGGCAACUAGGCCUCUGUGACGACUAUGCUGCACAAGGGGAUGAAUAUUUCUUUGACCGAGACCCGGCUGUCUUCCAGCUGGUCUACAACUUCUAUGCUUCAGGGGUGUUGCAGGUACGAGAUGAGCUGUGUCCCCACAGCUUCUUGGAGGAGCUGAGCUAUUGGGGGGUACGACUCAAAUACACUCCCCGCUGUUGCCGCAUCUGCUUCGAAGAAAGGCGCGAUGAGCUGAAUGACCAGUUGAAGGUUCAGAGGGAGCUCCAGGCCCAGGCGGCUGUCCAGGAAAGUGAACACCUCUUCCACCACAUGCGCUAUGCAGCCCAGCGCUGGCGCCUUUGGAAUCUUAUGGAGAAGCCCUUCUCCUCCACCAUGGCCAAGGCUAUGGGGGUGGCCUCCAGCUUUUUUGUCCUCAUCUCAGUAGUGGCACUGGCUCUCAACACUGUGGAGGAGAUGCAGCAAAAGGACAAAGCCAGUGGAGAGAUCCGGCCCAUGCUGGAGCAUGUGGAAACCAUAUGCAUCGCCUUCUUCACCCUGGAGUAUGUCCUGAGGCUGGUCUCCACCCCGGACCUGCGCCGUUUUGCUAGCAGUGCCCUCAACGCUGUGGACCUCAUUGCAGUCUUGCCCCUUUACCUACAGCUACUGUUGGAACAUUUUGUGGACGAGGACUUACCUCGCGGACAAGGCUCCCCACAUGAACAUGAACUUGAGAAAGUGGGGCGGGUUGGGAAAGUAGGACAAGUGCUGCGCAUCAUGCGUCUCAUGCGCAUCUUCCGGAUCCUCAAAUUAGCCCGCCACUCCACUGGGCUGAGAGCUUUUGGCUUCACUUUGCGCCAGUGUUACCAGCAAGUGGGCUGUCUUUUACUCUUCAUUGCUCUGGGCAUCUUUGCCUUCUCUGCCAUGGUUUACACUGUAGAGCAUGAUGUUUCCAGCACAAACUUCACCAGUAUCCCUCACGCCUGGUGGUGGGCAGCUGUCAGCAUUUCUACUGUGGGAUAUGGAGACAUGUGUCCAGAAACUCACCUCGGACGACUCUUUGCUUUCCUCUGCAUUGCUUUUGGAAUCAUUUUGAAUGGAAUGCCCAUCUCUGUCCUGUAUAAUAAAUUCUCAGACUAUUACAUCAAACUGAAAGCGUAUGAAUAUACUGCUAUACGGAAGGACAGGGGGAAAGUGAAUUUUACCCAACGAGCCGUGAAGAAAAUGUCUGAGUGUUGUGGAAACAGACCAUCCAGAUUGCCAAGACAUCGAUACCAUUAAUUCCCUGGAAAGGAAAGAGAGGGAAAAGAGGUAAAGAGACAAGGGAAACUGAGAUCACCUGAGUCAGGUCACAAGGUUAACUGAGCUUGAAAUGUGGAAUGGAUGCACCUGAAUAUAAUACCACUUGAUUCAAAACUUUUUUUUAGUUUUCAAAAAGCAUAAAGAUGUUGAUUUCUGGUCUCAUUAUUUUGUCGGACAAAAAUUUCAUCUGACUUUGAAGCAGCCAUUGGAAUUCAGUGAUGUUUCUGGACUGUGAAUGAACAAUUGAUUCCAAUAAGGAAUUUACUGAGAAAUAGGAUAUACUGCAACAUCAUGUAUUUAGUCUGCAAAUGUGAUGCUGCCACAACUUGAACAAAAACAAUGUCACUUAUUUUAUCUCUCUGUGUCUCUGUAUGUACAUUAUAGGCAUAAGGAUGGUGGACAUUGUCUACCCAUAUACACACCUAU